GGUCGACAUUGGUAUGUGUGUGUGUGGGAGGGGCUGAGGCUGUUAAAUGUAUACGCUUUUUUUAAAGCUAAAUUAUCACGUGAUUUCUGAGAAGCUGUUUGAGUUAUAUGAAGGGACAGCGUAGGUUCGGUAUAAAAAGACACGUUCACUUUACCUUGCACCAUUGUUUUCACUUCGACUCGGGAGCUGUGCAACUCAAGGGCAGUAUUCAUCAUGGCCUCAAAUAUCGCUGAGACCACCCAAAGUCUCACCACUGCAGCAGAGAUGAGGGAAACCACAGUGAUGCUGAUGCAGCCUGAUGCCAACUGGGAGGAGUAUCUGACACCUGCUCCUCUAUCUAUUGCCAUCUUGGGUGAACUUGUCUUCAUCUCCUCUGGUACUGACUUCUCUAUAAUAGACAAGAAUUCUGAAAGAAAGACCUUUAAAUACAUUAAAUACCCAGAAUCCUUCAGGGCCUGCCUCAUGCAAGUCUGUAACUCUGGAUGGAACGCAUUCAACGAGGCUCACAAGAGCAUGGAUAGAAUCCGCCUUCACACUUCAGUAAUCCCAGAUUAUAUAAAAAAAUCUGUCCAGAUUAUUUUCAAUGCUCCUGAUAACGUGAUUGAAAAACUCCUGCCAAGUCAACUGGAAAACAUUCGCUCCAUUGCUGAUGAUUGUAAGAAUCUGGCAGAAAAUGUUGAAAAGAAGUAUUUAGAUGUCAUCAAUUUGAUAGGGGAGUUGUUGGAAGCCUGUAUCAAUGCAAAGUUGUUUUAUGGUACUGAGCUAGAAAAUGCUCAAAGGAAUUUAAAAUCUUUAAAAAUGAGAGAGGCAAGUGCAAAAACUGAAAAAGAACAGGCCAAAAAACUAAUGGAUGCCAUGGCAAAGGAGCUGGAAGAAUCAAAGGAGACAUACAAAAAAGCCAUGAACUCUAUUCCCUCUGGAUGGUCAAUCAUUGGCAUGAACUUUGUUGAAGGGCUAACAAAUGCUGUGGUAGGAAGAAUGAAUGGAACUCUCUCUUCAGUAAUAAGACCAAAAAAUAGUGAAGAGGAUGUUGAUGAGGCCUCACAGAUAUCUGCUUGUUCCAAGUCUACACAGAUUUUAAAUCACGCAAACAAUCUAAGUCAGUAUGUGAUUGGAAAUGACAUUGAUUGGAAAAAUCUGUAUGAUUCACAGAAACGAAUAAUUAAGACGCAAGUUGAACUGAAUGAAUUCAUUAGAAUUCGUGGUGAACUGGACACACUUUCAAAGGGUAAACUUUGCGUGGAGGCUCUUGCCAUCUGUGAUCUGGGUAUCAACAUCUGUAAAGAGCUGGGAAUGCAUACCCCAGAAAAGAAAUGGAAAAAAAAGGAAACUCUAAAACUUGUAGAGCGUAUCAAAAAGUUGACCACUGAUGCAGUCCGUUUUGACACUGUGAGUAAAAAAACACUUAACUCCCCAGCUCUUACUCCUCAAACUCCAAUGAAACACAAGGUGGAGAAAGAAAGUUCUGGACCCAAAUCUGCAAGUCAGAUGGAAAUUGAGAAUGCACACUUACGCAUAGAGCAGAGCACUGAACAACUCAGAUACGCCCGACAGUUACAUGAGAAGCGUUUGGAGAACAUGGCAGCAAAAGAGAAGGAGCUGAAUGAUAUCCUCAUAGAAAUGCAAAACUGCAACGUCAAACAGAUUGAGUUUGAUACAACCAUCAAAAUGCUGGUCAAAGGUCUGCAAGCCAUGGGUGAGGUGAAAGAGCAGUGGAAUAAGAUGGUCCUCUUCUUUCAGAUGGUUUCCAACAUCAUCUCAAUCAGCCUCCACAAAACACUACAUAAUUUUGCCCUCACAUCUGAUAAAGCCAAGGUCCUCACCUACAGUGAAAAGCUUUUUACAAAAGACCUCAUUUACACUCAGCCCUUUCAAGCCUCAAACAUCUCCAACCUGGUCAACAUGAUAUCAUCCACCUACACUCAGGUCUCCAACAAGUAUCUGAUGGAUAGAAUGAGCAGCCUGAGCAGGCUUAUGACCAUGGAUCCAAACAGUCCAGACUUUCUCCCAGAACGUCUGGAACUUCAAACCUCCUGCAAGGAUGCUCAAAACGACAUUCGGCAGCUGGUCCUGAAGAACAAGGCGGACUAUGAGAGAAUGAGCAACAACAGAAUUGCGAAAAUAGAGGGUCAACUCAAAGCCAUUCUACCUGCUGAUGAACCCCAGCAAGUUCAGAAAAUAAAAGAAAUGAAAGAAAUGGUUCAGUCUGUGUAUGCUGAAGAUGAGAGUAAUUAUUACUAAAUGCUGUUUACUUCCCAUCUACUUCUUAUUUUUGUUAAUCCACAGAAAUGGAGCUGUGGGUGCUGAUGUACUCAAAAGUGUGUGCAUAGUCUUUAUUUUAACCCAUGCCACCUGUGUCCAUUUCCAUUUCUUAAGUGAAAUUUAUGUUCGACAUUGUUUAAUGUUUAAUUGUCUUUAAUUUAACAAAUAUCAUAUUACACACAAAUCAUCUGCACAGAGCAGUAUUACACCAAUAUUAAUCAAAUAUUAAUAUAACCACACUGGGUGUUAGUUUUUUUUGUUGUUGUUUGUUUUUACCAAGACCUGCAAUUAGUUUACAUAACGAUAAUAAGUGAAAUUUUACAGCUUUGUAAAAAGGACAAAUUAAUGUUUUUACGGUUAUGUGUUGAAACUCCAAUGCAGGGUCUAUAAUAUUGAACCCUAUCAUAUACAGUAUUUGCAAGUAGUCAAGUACUGCUUGUAGAUGUACCGUAUGUCUUAGUGUCCUGUUGAAGUUGAUCACCUGCAUUUGUAUUUGUCGUCUUUAUAUUCAAUGAGAUUGCAUGAUCGUCGAUUGUAAAUUAAAUAAAGAUGACAAUAUCACAAAA